GACGUGAUGGUGUUCCGGGAGCAAGAGGUCCCCCAGGAUCUCCUGGUACCCCUGGCAUAGACGGCUGUAAUGGCGAAAAGGGUGACUCUGGAUUACCAGGAAGGGAUGGUGCGCCGGGAAAACCAGGCAGACCUGGUAUUGGUGGUGGUGGUGAUUAUCCUAAAGGACAAAAAGGAGAUCAAGGUUUUCCAGGGGAGCCUGGAGGUCUUAGCGAAGCAGCAAGAAGGGAAAUCACAAUUAUAGUAAAGGAGAAUACGAAAGGAGGAAAAGGCACCAAGGGAGAACGAGGUCAAUACGGUGUUCCUGGAUGGGGCUUUCCGGGUAAAGAUGGACCAAUAGGAAGGCCAGGUAAGCCUGGUCCAGUGGGAGGGUCGGGUCUACCGGGACCUCCUGGCAGAAGUGGCCCCAAAGGGGCUGAUGGGAAACCAGGAACUGGUGAUGGUAAACCAGGUCCUCCAGGUGAAAGAGGCCCACCUGGUGGAGUAGGUGACCCUGGUAAAGCUGGUCCACCAGGAUCACCCAGUCCUCCUGGACCUCGAGGUCCACCAGGUAUAGGGCUGCCGGGAGUGCGAGGAGAACCAGGUAAAAAAGGUCGAUCUGGAAAACCUGGAGACCCAGGUCGACCAGGCAGUAAAGGAGCAAUAGGAAUUGGAAGAGUUGGGCGUCCAGGAGAGCCCGGUCCACCUGGUGAAGCAGCUAAGGGACAACCAGGCCCCCCAGGAGCACCGGGGAUACCUGGCAAAAGUCUUGGUAAGCCAGGACCACCAGGAAGCAAGGGUGAACCAGGAUUAGGGAUAGAUGGCCAACCGGGUAAACCAGGAGCUCCGGGGAUUGGAAAGAUUGGACAAAAGGGAGAGCCAGGGGAUCCAGGAGGCAAACAGGGUCUGAGGGGAUACCCUGGUGAAGUGGGGAGAAAGGGAAUUGCUGGAGACCCAGGGAAGGAAGGACCUAAAGGAGAAAUUGGUUCAAUUGGUGCACCAGGGCCAGCCACGCCUGGAGAAAAGGGUGAUCCCGGUGAUCCAGGCCCGACGGGUCUUCAUGGUGAAGAGGGCAAACCGGGUAAGCAAGGGGACCCGGGAAAUACUGGUCCAAUAGGAAAACCAGGACCAGUGGGGUCUAAAGGAAUAGAAGGAAGUCCAGGUGUGCCAGGGAAAAUAGGAGAACCAGGGAAGAAGGGAGAUUUUGGUUUAUCUGGCGUUCCAGGAGAACCAGGAAAACCAGGCCCUGUUGGUAAAGAAGGAAAGGUCGGGAGACCAGGUGAAGAAGGCAGGCCUGGUCCACCAGGUGCAGGAGAACCUGGAGCUCCAGGCUUAAAAGGCGAGAAAGGUACAGGAUUCCCUGGAAAACCAGGACCCCCUGGGGAUCCAGGAAAGGAGGGCAUAAUGGGACCGACAGGCAAACCUGGUAUGGGCAUGCCAGGGAAACCAGGACUCAAAGGGUCAAUGGGCAUUGGAAUGCCUGGCAAGAAAGGACCGAUGGGUCCAAUGGGCCCUAGUGGACCGAAUGGUCUAUCAGGUGAUAAAGGAGACAUUGGAUUGGGACUAAAAGGAGAGAGGGGACAGCCGGGAAUCGGUCUACCUGGAAAAACAGGACCAAAGGGAUCAGUGGGAAUUGGAAUGCCAGGGAAGCUAGGAAAGCCAGGGCCUCCAGGUCCACUUGGGCCUAAAGGGGAACAAGGUUUACAGGGACUGAUAGGUUUGCAAGGACUAAAGGGAAAUGUAGGGCCUGUAGGAGAAAGAGGGCCACCGGGAGAGCCUGGAAAAUCUAUAACUGGUUUACCAGGAGAACCAGGACCUAAAGGAAAGGAAGGUCCCAUGGGACUGAUUGGGUUGAAAGGAGAGCAAGGUGAGGGGAAGAUAGGUCCACCAGGAAUAGGAGUCCAGGGAGAUGCAGGUCCCCCAGGUAAACCAGGGAUCAUAGGUCAGCCUGGUGUUCCAGGGGAACCAGGGAAACAAGGGCCAAUAGGACAAACAGGUCCAUCUGCAUACAUCUACACAACUCACAGCCAGAGUCUUAAAGUCCCUGAAUGUCCACUGGGCCAUAGUAAAUUAUGGGAUGGCUAUAGUUUGUUGCACACAGAAGAUGAUGGCAGAUCAUAUGUACAGGAUCUUGGUACAUCUGGAUCAUGUUUGUUGAAGUUCUCACCUAUGCCAUUCCUUUUCUGUAACGUUGGUCGCAUGUGUCGUUAUGGAAGUCGAACAGCAACUUCAUACUGGCUGUCUUCCCCACAAAGUACUCCCAUGAUGCCUGUUAGUGGAGAUGAGAUCACAAAACAUAUUAGUCGUUGCUCAGUAUGCCAGUCACCUGGCCCACUCCUCACUGUUCA